GAACAAAGGCUCUUUCUCUUGCUGGUUCUGAUUGUGACGACUGGAAGAGAAGCAGAAACCUCAACUUUUUGGGCAUUUGGAACAGACUUGACAGUCACUCUGCAUCUUUGGCUGGCACACUCUCGUCAACUCCAAAAAGAUAUAUAUACUGCAGCACUUGAGAGACCCUGCUGAAGAGUAUCUCUCUGACUCCAGCCAUGCUCUCCUUUUCAACCCCACCCCUCCUCUACCUGAGCCUCCUGCUCUUUCUGUCGCACCACUCCCCUGUUCUUGGCUGUCGGAUUGGGAACCACAGCCAGUGUCAGUCUGCUCCCUUCGUACCAGGCCACAACCUGGUGGGAGAGGGAUUUGAUGUGGUCACCCUGCAGCGUAAAGGAGCCUACAUGGUGGACGUGAAGACUUUCCUCACCCCAGAUGGCACCUGUACUCUCUGCUCCAACCCUCUUCAAGGUGACAGCCUCCAGAAGCUGCCAGUCUCUGCAGUGGACUGGCGCUCAUUCAGCCGAUGCAAUGCUGACCUCUACAGCAGUGUGCACACAUCCGUUAGCUCACUGAUAGACACUUACACCUCCCAGGACAGUAAGGACUGGAAGCUUGGCCUAAAUUUCGAUAAGUUUGUGUCUGCCAACCUGGAGGUGGGAGGAACACGCUCCACUGCGUAUAAGUUUGCUACAGAGAGGACCAGAGAGGACCGCUACUUCUUCAGCACUCACAGGGUCACCUGCAGCCACUAUGGUUACCGUGUGUCAAGCAGACCGCCCCUCAGCUCCGAGUUCAGUAAAGAUUUGGCAAGGCUGCCGGAUCUCUACAACUCCUCCACCAGGGCUCUGUACAGUGAGCUAAUACAUACCUAUGGCACACACUACAUUCGGCAGGUUUACCUCGGGGGGCGACUCAGGCGAGUCACAGCUGCACGAACCUGUUUGUCCUCACUGAAUGGACUCUCAUCAAGUGAGGUCCACUCCUGCUUAUCACUGGGUCUCUCUGUAGGCCUUGGGAAGUUGAAAUUAUCUGGUAACCGACAGUAUUGCAACAAGGUCCUACACAACCAGGACGUCUCCACCUCGUACAGUUCUGGUCUCCACCAACACUACACAGAGGUGGCAGGAGGCAAUGGUUGGUUGGGGGAGUUUUCACUCACUCAUAAUGACUCCCUGGGCUACAGGAAUUGGCUGAGCACCCUGAAGGACCACCCAGAUAUUGUUUCAUACUCCCUCAGGCCAAUGUAUGAGCUGGUGCCAAAUGAGACACAGAAGGCAGGGAUGAAGGCAGCCAUAGAGCAGUACUUAGCAGACAAUGCUGUGACAAAGUCACCCAAAGAACCAUAUUGCGGGUGGCACAAUCCUAACCUGGCUUCCAACUGCUGUCCUCGAAAGACCUGGAGAGGAACACUUGUGGUGACAAUCGUCCGAGGCUGGGAUCUGAGAGGAGAUUGGAUUGGCAACACUGAGAGCUAUGCUAAGAUGUGGUACGGAUCCUUCUAUCGCAGGAUUCACAUGAUCCGCUCAAACUACCCCAGGUGGAAUGCUCGUUAUUAUGUGGGCAAGGUGGACACACACUUGGGUUUGAGGGUCCAAGUCUGGGACCAGGACGUGUGGCAUGAUGACCUUCUGGGAUCAUGUAUGAAGUACCUGAGGCAGGGGACACACAGAUUCACCUGCUGGGCAAAGAACGGCGGCUUUGAGGUCCGGUACACUCUGUACUGUGAAAGUCACCUCACUGGAGACAGGUGUAACCGUUACAGACCCUCUCCACAGUGAGAAAUGUAUUCUGACUGUGCUGCUCACUUUUCUUUCUUCUGGAUAUGUUGAUUACUUUCAUUGAAGUGUCAUUCAACAUCAUGCAGGGUUUAUUUUGGAAACAUUUGCUAUCAGUGUUGUGUUUAGCAGUGGGGUUAAAUCAGAGGUAAAUUUGCAUUAUGAAACUGAAGUAACUGACUUAUUUAAAAAAAACAGUAGGCUGCUGUUUUGCGCAUAUUUACAUAUUUACACAUAUUUUGGUGCUACUGUUCACAAAUGUCUCACUUUUGUGUUCAAGUUUACUGAAAUCACAUUUAGUCAUCCCAUUUUAUAGCUGACGUUUUAUGUUAAAAUGUUUUGUAGGGGCGUCAGUGGCUUAGUGUAGAGCAGGCGCCCCAUGUACAAGGCUGUUGCUGCAGCGGCCCAGGUUCGACUCCAGCCUGUGGCCCUUUCCUGCAUGUCACUCCCUCUCUCUCUCUCUUCCCCUUUCACACUUGUCUGUCCUAUCCGUUAAAGGCGAAAAUGCCCCCAAAAAUAUCUUAAAAACAAAAAUGUUUUGUAAAUUUGUCAUUAAUAGUUUGCUGUUAGCCUUUUCAAAGGGGAGCACAGGGAAAGUAAUGUACAAAGCAGAUAUGUACACUAUGCUGGACUGUAACCCACAAGAGAAAGGCAAUUUAAUUGCAGUAGGCCUGAUGUAAUAAGAUAAAUGACUGAGGGGCUCAUACAUUUAAAGCUUCAAUCAUUUAUUUUUAGAUCACGUUAUGGUUAAAUUCCCAUACUGACUUAUAUGUACUUUGAAAUGAAAAAUCUUCAUUUCAGUUGAUUUUAAUUGAGGAUAUAGACCAGUGAGCAUGAACAUUUUGAUGUAUGCAUUAAUAAUAAUCAGCUGCUGUGGUGGUGGGGCUGUUGACAUUUCGGUUUCUAUGUAAAUUGCAAAUAGAGACUGUCAAAACAUGUGCUUCAUAUCCUUAAAAUAACGCAUGAUUUAGAAUUGUGUUUUUAUACAGACGUAGGUACACAUGUAAUGUCUUUAGCACUUAUGAUGACGUAAAAUGCAAAUUCUGUUUGUGCAAAAUGCUCAA